AUGGCUUCAGUGCCCGACCCGUUAGCGUCUUUCACAAAACUGGGUCCUUCGGUCUAUCUGCAGGAUCCAGUAGACUCGAGCAACCAUGACAGUCGGACGCUAAUUUUUAUUGCAUUCUGGAUGAACGCGCCGCCACGCGCCCUCGCCAAGUACGUGGUUGAGUAUAGACGCAUGAUGCCUUCAUCUCGAAUUGUCUUUAUACGCAGCUCAUCAAACGAUUUCUUCUGGGGAUCCAAUGCACGCGCGCAGCACGCCAGAGUUGCACCCGCAGUGGAAGCACUUCGCACGUUGGCCCCUGAAAGUUCCGUGUUUAUGCAUCUAUUCUCGAACGGCGGAUUGUCAAACACAAUCCACCUGCUACAAGCAUACUUCAAAGCGACGGGGAACGCGCUACCUAUUUCUUCCAUGAUCAUUGAUAGUGCCCCGGGGACUGCGACCAUCGCGGCUGCCAUGCGAGCCUUCUCCUUUGCGCUCCCACGGAUGUGGAUCCUGCGGUUGAUUAGCAAGAGUUUCUUAUGGCUCUCUUUAGUUCUGAUCAAGAUGAUUCAGACUAUCAGGAGGUCUUCUGAUCCUAUCGGCCUUGCUCGCAGGGUGAUCAAUGAUGCCUCCCUUGUGCAGGCUGUCAACCCUAAGGGUGUCCUCACUCGCUGCUACAUAUACUCGGACGCUGACGAUCUGGUUGACUUUCGUGACGUGGAGAAGCAUGCAUCUGAAUCGGAAGCAUCCGGAUGGUUAGUACGCCGUGAACUAUUCGAGGGAACGGCCCAUGUUGGCCACAUGAGAGCUGAACCGGAUCGAUACUGGGGUAUCGUCAAGUCGUAUUUAGAACCUGCUCUUGAUGCACAAGCAACAUGA